GCGCCUUAAGUUCACCGCUAGCUGUGUGGUAGUUGCACACACGUGCUGCGUCCGUUCCGCUCUGCUAGCUAGCGCUCAUGGCAUCUCUUCAGCUCGACUCUACCCUAGUCCUCUGCCUCCUCUUCGUGGUAUCUUGCUUCACCAUCGUCCUCAGAGGCUUCGGAUAUGGCCGAAAGGGCGCGCAGCCGCCUUCGCCGCCUGGGUUGCCCAUCAUCGGCAACCUGCACCAGCUCGGGCGGGGCCGCCCUCACCGGACGCUGGAGGCUCUCGCGCGGCGCCACGGUCCGCUCAUGUUCCUCCGCCUCGGCUCCGUGCGGGCCAUCGUGGUCUCCUCGGCCUCGCUCGCCGAGGCGGUGCUCAGGACCCAGGACAACGCCUUCUGCAGCCGCCCGCAGCAGUACACGGCCCGCGGAACGCUCUACGGCUGCCGGGACGUCGGCUUCAGCGCCUACAGCGAGCGGUGGCGCCAGCUCCGCCGCAUCGCCGUGGUGCACCUCCUCAGCGUGAAGCGGGUCGACUCCUUCCGCGCCCUCCGAGAGGAGGAGGUCGCGCGCUUCGUGGAACGGGUCCGCGUGGCCAGUGGGGCCCAGGAGAACGGCAGCAAACGCCCGGGAGUUAACGUCACCGAGCUCAUCAUCACCCUAACCUACUCCGUGAUCUCGAGGGCGGCUUUCGGGCACAAGCUUGGCGGCGAGGAGCCGGGCAAGGUCCGCGACAUGAUGAAGGAGCUCACUGAGCUGCUCGGCACGAUCGCCGUGAGCGACGUGUUCCCAAAACUAGGGUGGCUGGUGGACUGGGCGACGGGGCUCGACGCGAGGGUGAAGAGGACGGCGGCCAAGCUCGACAGUAUUAUGGAGAGGACCAUCACGGAGCACGAGGGGAACCCAGGAAACGACGGCGAGGCCCGGGACCUCCUUGACGACUUGCUCUCGAUCGCCAAGGACGGUGACCAGGGGUUUAAACUGGACCGGGUUGAUGUCAAGGGAGUCAUCUUGGACAUGUUCAUAGCAGGCACCGACACGACCUACAAGACGAUAGAAUGGACUAUGGCCGAGCUCGUUAAGAAUCCAAGAGAAAUGGCAAGGGUGCAAUCACAGGUGAGACAGGUUGCAGGUGCGCAUGGAGGAGUCCUUGAAGAGGAGCUGGACAAGAUGAACCUCCUGCAGGCGGCCAUGAAAGAAACAUUGCGGCUACACCCGGCGGUGCCGCUCCUCAUCCCACGCGAGUCAAUUCAGGAUGCGCAGCUGCACGGCUACGACAUCCCGGCCAAGACCCGGGUCAUGGUCAACACAUGGGCCAUCGGGAGGGAUAAAGAGUCGUGGGAGAACGCCGAGGAGUUCCGGCCAGAAAGGUUCCUGGGCGGAACCAUCGACUACAAUGGCAAGGACCCCCGGUUCCUACCGUUCGGCGCAGGGAGGAGGGGGUGCCCCGGUAUGGCCUUUGGGACGCGCCUCGCAGAGCUCACUCUGGCUAACAUGAUGAUCCAUUUCGACUGGGAGCUACCGAGUGGCCAGGAUCCGGAGUCGUUUGAGGUUGUCGAGGCUAGCGGGGUGUCACCUGGCCUUAAGUCUCCCUUGAUCCUUGCCAUAAAACCUCUGUAAGCAUACAUGGGACUUUGUUAGAGUAAGUGUUAAUGAGCCCCCCUUAUAGCAAUUACAUAAAGGAGAAAAUUAAGCAAAUUGUAUGAAUU